AAUAUCACCAUUAGUCCUUUCUCAAAGUCUUGUGUGAGGCGACAGAACCUGCACCUUUUACCUUUUUAUUUAUUUAUUUUUUGACAUCCUAGUAUCUACACCAAUAACACACGAGCCCUUACACAUUUAGCCAAUUGACGUGUGUUGGGUUAGAUUGAGAACUUCUUGUAAAGUCUGGAGUUUACAGGUGCUGAAGACUUUCUGGAUCUGAGUGAAUCUGAUUGGUGGCAUUCACUUUGAACCGUGGUGAACUGUCACACUUAUUCAGGCAUCUGUUUGACAUGCAAAGGGUAAAUGACUUGGGUUAGAAAUGUGCCUCUCUGCCCCCAAAAUGAUUUCAGUUGAGUGGUCCAGGUGAUGUCACUGACAGGAAGUAGCUCAUGGAAACUAAGAAAACAGAAGUGUUGAGGUUGAUGGCAGUUUGUUUGUUGUUGUUAAGUUUAUACAGGAUAUAAACAAAAACAGACGUGAUGCAGGCAUAUUAUUACUGAAAACUUCUGGUUUAAAAUAUUGUGUAAUAAUAAGAGUUUCUAUACUCAUAUGGUUCUGUUUUUAUACCCUACUUUUUAACAUUUCAUAACUCUAGAAAACUUUUCCAGAUCUUCCGGCUCGUGGCCUAAGAGCCCAGCACACAGUAGUCCAUUCAGUAGGCCCCACGAUGGGAUAAUAAGGAAGGCAUGAUCUCGUCCGCUGGGCAUCGUGACACAAUAUUCAUACUUAGAAGGGCAAUGCAGUUUGUUUCAGUCGUGUUGUCUAAUUUUCUUCAAAUCUGAUAAGGCCAGCGUUUUCCACGUGGUCAUGGGACAGCUUGCUUGUGCUCACAAGCCCUGCUCAGGUUGUUUUUAAGGCAAAGUUUAUUUCUAGAUGUGCACAAACAAAGUGCUGUUUUUGUAGCUUACUUAAUAAAUCAAAUACAUGUGUGGAUUUAGAGAGUGUUUUUUGGGGAUUCUGGGUGUCUGUCUCGUCAAAUGCAAGUUUAAGUACUAUGACACAUCAGCUGUGGAUAAGUGCUGACAUGCAAAAUGGGCGACUUUGAGAAGAUAUGGCGUGAACACUGUGAGGAUGAACAGACUCUCAGUGAAUAUGCUUUUGCCAUGAAGAGUCUUGCUGACAACCACUGGGCCAAGAAGUGUGAAGGAGAGGGCCGCAUCGAGUGGUGCCGCAGUGUUUGUCAGGAGUACUUCAUGGAUGGGGGGAUGAGAAAGGUGUUGGAGAAGGAUGAGAAGGCAGCAACACAUGCUGCAGCUUCAAAUGGAGCACCUUUAAACGAUCAACCAGACUCCUCUUUGCCUAGUUUUAGCUCAAGCUUCCAGUUUGGGAAGAUGCGUCUGCUGGAUGUAGGUAGUUGUUUCAAUCCCUUCUUGAAGUUUGAUGAGUUCCUCACAGUAGGAAUUGACAUAGUGCCUGCGGUUGAGAGUGUGUACAAAUGUGACUUCCUCAACCUUCAGCUGCAGCAGCCUCUGCAGCUGGCCACUGAUGCGCUCGAAGCUUUCUUACGGCAGCUGCGUGCUCCGAUCGAUGCGUUGCCGGCGCAGCUAUUUCACGUGGUGGUUUUCUCACUGCUCCUGUCAUACUUCCCUUCACCGUACCAGCGCUGGCUGUGCUGCAAGAAGGCCCACGAACUGCUGACACUGCAUGGUCUCCUCCUUAUCAUCACGCCGGACUCCUCCCACCAGGGCCGCCACGCGCUCAUGAUGCGCAGCUGGCGUGUGGCCGUGGAGUCACUGGGCUUUAAGCGCUACAAGUACGUCAAGUUCUCGCAUAUGCACCUCAUCGCCUUUCGCAAAGUUUCCGUCACCACCACAAGCGACCUGGUGAGCCACAACUACCCAGAGAUGCUCUACAUACCGCAGGACUUCAACAUGCUGGAGGACGAGGAGGGCUUCACAGACUGCCGUGAGCCGGCGCGCUCUGAUUUUGAGGAUGACCAGCUAGCGCGUAGCUUUGCAGAGCUGCCGGACGCUCCUUAUGACUCCGACUCUGGCGAGAGCCAAAGCAGCUCAGCACCUUUUCACGAGCUGGAGGACCCCAUUCUGCUGCACAGCUGAACCACACUCCUAAAUGCCCAGCUUUGCUGCCAUACAGCUGCACUGGCAGAUUAAAGCUGGGCUGUUUUUUCCCUGCUUUUUUUAUGAUGCAGUUUGCACAAAGUUUGAAGAUGAUGUUUACACAGAUGACCCCCCAAAUGGCACAUCUGGUAGGGUAAAAGAUGCUGCUCAGCAGUGUCCAGGGGCGAGUCCUAUUGUUAGGAUUCAGGUUCAAAUCGUGUGCCAUUUGGGGGUUUAUGAGAAUGCAACUGGCAGGGUCCCUCUCUCCCCUGUUGCUGGUGAUUUUGAGGUAGCAUUCUUCAUUUAUGCGCAAAGCCUUCUCAGAUUGUUGGUGAUAAUGUGCGUUUUACUACAUUUUGAAUUGAUUAUGACUAAAUUGGGGAGAAAAGACGUUUACACCUGGGUGGUUCUGAAUCUUUUAUUAGGUGAAAGACACUGUGUUUUACACAUUUAAACAUAUCCAUGUGCUGAAAAGAAACUGAUAGUAGUUUUGUAGUUGAAAGGGUUUGAUUUUGUAAGUAAAGCCGCUGAGUGAGCUCAGGAUAAAGGAUUUGUGUGCUCUUUCUCAGUCCACUUUUCAUACAGUGUCAUCUGGACAGGAUUUGUCAAAACCUUUUGAAGUAAAAUAGACUUUUUGUAUUGUAGGCUCAGACAUUGUCAGUGGCUAAAAUUACAAUAGUUUGAUUAGUUACCCUAGAGUUUUAGCACUGUUUGAUCAUUUCAUGAUAGGUUAGCUGCUGUUGGACGCUGACAGUAGCUUGUACAAUUUUAAAUCAGUAUCUUUGGUAUAGAUUUGCCAGUGAUAUUUGUAGCAUUUUAGGUGUUCAACAGUAUCAACACGUAGGCUAUGUGUAUUUGGCUUGCUUAUGUGACACUGUGACUGUAACUGUUUUCUAAUGGAUCACUUUCCAUGGUACAAAUCAUGCAAGGUAGUUGUAGUUCAUAAGAACAAUCUUUGAUAAGACUAAGAUGGGGGGGGGUGUUUUGCCCCUUUUAGGGCUAUUUGAAAGGAUGUUGUGCAAGACCUUUCUUAUCUUGCGAUCAAAAAGACGUAAUAUUUUUUAGUUGUGAGUAGCUGUGAACUUUUGAAGGUAAGAGUUGUAACCUACAGGCUUCUGUCCUCGACUGGACGCAGAUUUAGUUAAGACGACACAGGCUUGCUUUCUGUCCUUUUUGUUGAAUGAUGAUUUGUUACUUUCACUGACGAUUUUCAAAGCAAAGGAUGAUUCUCAAAGACUUAUACCAAUGUCUUAAAGCUACUUUUUUUGUUAUUUACUGUGCGACUGAUUUGCAUCUCAUUCAGCUCUUAGAUGCAUACAUUGAACUUUUGUGGCUAAAACAUUAGUUACAUAUGUUUGGAGAGUACUUUAAACCAAACCUUUCAACUUUUCUGGAUGAUUAACCUCAAUGAGGUUUUUCUUUCAUAUCUUAUUGUGUAAUUGUGCCAAGUGCUUUACACUCUCUUUGUAUUUCACUGUGAAAUAGGCAGUUUCUUUCACUGCAGCAGUUGCACUUGUUUAUGAACACAGUCUUUGGAGGCAUUGAAUAAGAGCCAUUUAACAAUGGUCUUGCUUUCUCACAAGAAUAGCAAUAGAUCCAUAGUUUUAGAGGAAUGGUUUAAGGAAAAAAAUGAAAUUUACACAAUUUUCCGCUCAGCCUAGAUGUAGUCAAUCAGCCCAGACAUGUUGGGUGUCCAGAUUUUGCUUCUUUAGUUUUAAACUGGAGCUACAAGGCUAAUGUUGCUGACCAGCACAAGAGGUCAGUAGACUCCCAGAUGUAAAUGGAUAUCCAAAAUUUCUCUCAAACCACGUCCAGGAACUGUGCAGACUGGCAGGUGUGGUUCAGGACAUUAGUAUGACUUACUGUGAACAAUUAAAAAUGAACAAAGCUUAAGGAAAAAAUUUCACAACAUUAAAAAAAAUUUCACUCUAUUUCUGUUGUCUAAAAUGGUUGCCUCCAGAAUUCAGUUGCAUUGUAAAGUUUUGUUCAUUUUUAUAGUGUACAGUAAGUCACACUGUGUCCUAAACCAGGGGUUCUCAGCCUUUUCCACCCCAAGGCCCACCUGUUUAUAACUACAAAGCAUAGAGGCCCACAGGGAAACUAAGAUCAACUAAAAUCAGAAAUCCACUUAUGUAUUUAUGGUUUGUUGUGACGUUACCGGCCCAUUCCGAAUUACCACCUCCUUCUGAGUUCAGGCCUGUGGACCACUAGAGGGUGCUUCACAGUCCACUGGUGGUCCAUGGUCUGCAGUCCACAGGUUGAGAAACCCUGUCCUAAACCACAUUGACAAGAUUUUUCAAAGAUCUGUUUUUACAGAAACAUUUGGGUGACUAUUGGCUUCUAGUGUUU